AUGUCGCCCCAACCAGCCGGCAUCGGCGAAGACCAGCUCGGGUCUGGCGCCGACCUACCCCUUCUCUUGAAGGUGCAGGCGCCGGUAGAAUACCUUGGCGUUGGAUCUUCUCUAUCCCCACAUCGACGGGAGAUCGCCGAGUCCGGAUCGAUGCACCACACUGCACGCAAGCUCGCUGCCCUGUUCGACGAUCUAAUCCCACAAGUCCCGAACCUGAUCGCCGCGUACGGGACGAGAGCGAGCGAAGUCCUCAAAGACUCCCGUGCGAAUCCAGCGGGAGCCGAGUAUCACCUCGGCCCAUUUAGUCCCUUCGCGGGCGCAGACGCAACCUCAAUCUGGGCUGCGGCGACAUCUGGAGCGAGCUCUGUUGCCCUCCAUCUCUUGGCAUGUUUUCUUGCGCGCGCAUUCGCCGAUCCCGCUCACUCUGUUUCUGCCUGGGUCGAGAUUAUCCUAGAGCGGCAGAAGCAGAUUGGUAACUCACAUGAAGGUUCUUCAGCUCCUUUGAGCAAGGCCAGCGAGCAAAUCUCCCGGGAAGAGAUUCGUGAGUGGGAUGCGUCAGCCCGAGCAUGGCUACGCACAGCUGAUUCAGCCACGAAGAAGAGCCAUACCCAACUCAAUCUGAUGCUCAUGGACAUCAAUACAUCGAUCUCAUGUUCAGACGGUCUAUAUGCCGAUGUUAUUCAGUCAUGGACCUACACGAUGCUGACACUAGAACAUCUCCUCGGUGGACGUCCGCGCACAAUUACGAAUGGUGCAGUCCUCUUAGGCAUCUCUUCCUGGCAUAUAUACCCUAACAUCCUCCUUCUUGGUGACCGACUUACAGAGGUUGGGUUUUUCGACAACCUCUUCCCAGCAUCGUGUUUUCUUACCAUAGAUAUCGCAGACAAUGGCGAUGAAGCUGCAAGCCGCGGCUCCUCUUUUGCAUCAACAGGGCUCCGCUGGCCAGCUGUUCUCGCUCAACAUAACCUCGACGGUAGCUCUCUUGAGACAGUAGGCACCAUUGACUACCGGGUUAGCAUCGAUGAGCUUCAUCUGAUGGCACUGGGGAGUCUCUUAAGGGCAUGGGGUGCGCCACAAUCAGAAAUAGAGCCUUCUCUGAACUGGUUCGUUGCGCUCUGGAGUUGCGUCCAAAAUGCCAGAUCGCCUCUCCCCAAGCUGAGGUGGAUUGAGAACAUUGCCAUAGCAGCCAAACGCCUUCUUGAGGCUGUCGAUCAGACCAAGAACGAAUAUCAACAACUUGUCAACUUUGGCUAUAAUCAAGGGCGCAAUUUUCUGGUAUCCCGCACUCAACAGGAGGAUUGUCUCCCUUGGUUUGGGCUGCGCCACUGGCAUAUUCUACAUUCCCUGGGUGAACAAACAGCUGGGGGAUGCGGCAUCAGAUACCUCCGUCAACUCGCCAAAGCAAUGGAGUUGCGUUACGAUGAGGCCAUCAUCACACAGAUCUCUCAUGAAAAUCUUUCCUCCCAUAAAAAUAAUUCCAUCAGGAAGAAAGAGUUUCAUCAAUAUACUUCAGCGAUCAAAGUUCCUCUCAGAGAGCAUGAGGUUCCUUUCGAUAGCGACGAAGGGGAGCCGGGUGAUGCCUCACAGGACGAUGAUGGGACCGUGCCGGAUCUUGUGCCUGACGAGGACCCAGUGCAAACUGCCCGUAAAGGUAAGAAAAAGGCACAGUCUUCUACACGGCCACGUUACCAUAAACUCUGGGAGGGCACUUUCACUCUCCACAAUGAGUAUUCUAUUGCCAAGGCGAUAGAAGAGCCGAAGAAAUUUGACAAGUACUCUUUGCGCAAAAACCCACUAUCUGUAGGCGAGGAACUCAACUCCCCAUUGCACUGCUACAGGAUCUCGGAUUGCUUUGGGGGAAAUGUCUUGGCCGACUGUCAAGCGUACCUCGGAUAUUCGUUGGAUAUUUUCCCAAAAUCUCCAGUGAAUUUCUCCAAAGUCUUUGGCGACUCUACGGGUGCUUUGCGACUCUUGGUGACCAAAGAAGCAGCGGAAAAUCCAGAGAAACUUGAAAAGGCUCUGAAGGAUAUACAGACUGGCAAAAAGAAGCUAGUCAGCUUGGAGAGUUCCAUUGAGCAACUUACAUCUGGGAAGGUCUGCCCCGAGAGUCUGUGGCAGUACUUGGAGGGCCCGGACCCUUAUCAGCCUGAAGUCCUCAUCAAGCCGUUCCUCGAACUUUGCCGCAAGGAGAGACAAGGUUGCGAGCCUAUCAUCACCUCACUUCGGAGCCUUGCGAUUGCGCAAUCUAUCUAUGAAGGCCUCGACGGAGCAACCAUCUCUUCCAGCAUAGUUAAGCAAGGGAUUUAUAAUGCAAAAUGGGCUGAACUUUACCAUUCGAACGCGAUCGUGAGUCGCUCCGUGGUUUUUGGCUGCAUCGCCAUGUUCGAUACUGGCAAACUCAAUCUCGAUACUGAGAGACUGGAAGAGGUCUUUGCUCUCUCAUCUGGAAACUCCAUCUAUGCAGCUUCACGGAUUCUGUCCGAUCCAAGUAUCGACAUCCCUAGCCAUGCUGUCAGCCACAUCACCGGUAACAUUGGGCGACAGGGGGUUAGUCUGCUCGUUUCUCCGACCACCCAGCCUCCAUCUAAGCUGUUAGCCGAAGUGAGGAGCGCAACCAAGUAUGAGCCAUUCAACGGCUGCCGCGAAGACAAAUUUGGGGAAACAUCCCUACGUUUAGACAUCACAGGCCGAGAGACCCCAGUUGGCUAUGGUGUCGAGGGCAUCUAUGAUCACCAGGCGGUUUUCGUUGAUUCAAAAAUAGGUGUUUAUGAUGCCGAGAAAUGGAUUGCAAACCUUGAUGUUCCCAAAUUGCUCAGCCGGGAUGCCAGUCAGCAUAACGUAUCAGUUGCACGAGUGAUCUGCAGCAUACACUCCCCAGAGUCACGGGCUAAAACACUGGAGAAGUUUGUCGCGGUAGAUUCGUGGGAAGAGGUAUUGGGGGCUCCUCCUGCGAUUGGUCUUGUCCGAGCCUACAAGAACUGGCCCUCGAGGCUUGCAGUGAGCAUUAUAUUAACGCAGAAUCGGACCGACGAGGAGAAUAAGAUGGACAUUGACGGAGAAAUUGACGGAGCUGUUCCAAAUGUGGCAGUCCUGGAUCAUGGGGAUGAACUCUGUUGGACAUGCGUCCAUCGGCGGUUGAAGCGGCGGGUGAAAAUGGCAACUGGAACACCAACCUUCCUGAUUGCGUAG